UUGAUUGUUCGCGCCGCGGCAGGGUAACACUUUUCAUCAGUUUAAGGACCCCCAGGAUGUUGCGUCUGCGUUGUAAAACCAAAAAUGGGAGCCACAUAAUGCAGGGCCUGACCCACCAGUCCAGUGUGCAAGAGCUGAAGAGCAAGGUAGAGGAGCUGACUGGUAUUCCCUGUGAUGUACAGAAGAUCAUGGUUGGCUACCCUCCCUCCAGCUUGGACCUCCGAAACAGAGAUGCUCACCUAAGGGACUACCCUAUCAAAUCAGGAGACACUCUCAUUGUUGAGGAGAAGAACAAGAUGAAGACCCAGACCAUAAAUUCAGCUGUAACCAAGGGACCCCGUCUGGAGUCUCCCCCGGUGCUGGCCAGACGGGUCGUUCCAGCAGACAACUCCUGCCUGUUCACCAGUGUCUCUUACGUGGUAGAGGGGGGGGUAUACGACCCAGCUUGUGCCCCCGAGAUGCGAGGCCUCAUCACCCAGAUUGUGUCCAGCAACCCCAUGGCUUACUCUGAGGCGGUGUUGGGAAAGACCAACGAGGAGUACUGCACCUGGAUCAGACGUGACGACACCUGGGGCGGAGCCAUCGAGGUGUCCAUCCUGUCUAAGUUCCACCAAUGUGAGAUCUGUGUAGUGGACACGCAGACGGUGCGUGUGGAUCGAUUUGGUGAGGACGCUGGCUACCACAAACGCGUGCUGCUCAUCUACGACGGCAUCCACUACGACCCACUGCAAAAGGAGACGCCCGGCUCCGACGCUCCACCCCAGACCAUCUUCUCCACCACAGACGACAUCAUCCUGGCCCAGGCCCUGGAGCUGGCGGAUGAGGCGCGAAGGAAGCGGCAGUUUACGGACGUCAACCGCUUUGCCCUGCGCUGCCUGGUGUGUCAGACAGGCCUAGUAGGACAGAAGGAGGCCCGGGAACAUGCCAAGGAGACGGGCCAUGCCAACUUUGGAGAGGUGUGAGUCAGAGCACUUCCUCACAACCACCACGAACCACCAUGCCCCCACAUCUUACAACUCUGUGUGUCUGUAUGAUCCUCUACCUCACUUGAUCCAGCAUCAGACACUGUGUUCAGUCUUACCUGUUCAGUAUUACAACUACAUCUGUCAGCUCACAGGCUACUUUACUGCAAGGUUAUGAGCUCAUGAAAAAUAUCCUGUAUAAUUGUUUUGGGGUCAUUUUUAGUCUCACCCAACACAUAGUGGGUGAUUGUUCGUUGAAGUGUUGUUGCUCAGCAAUGUAGCAUGUGUUCAGUUUGUCGACACUAAUGGAGCAGAAAACUUUCUUAACAGACCUGGAGAUGCCUGAAAAUGCCUUACUUUGACAGUUGAUUUGUGGCAUAAAAGGUUUAGUAUGGCUAGACUCCAGUACUACCACAGAAAUCAGAAAACUUUUUCUGGGGCCAUUGUGGCAUGAUACAUGUUUGGUUUUACACAUCAAUGACAAUAUUAAUUUAAAAGGUUUUGUUUGUAGAUGCCUCACCAGUACUUGAAAAAAGUGAAAACUGUUGCAAAAGAUCAAAUAUAAACCCAGUUACUUGGUAGAAAAGCUGUUCUUUCAUUGUUUUACAGUGGCAAUGUCUUUAAUAUUAGAUAAUAGCGGAGUUUAGCUAGAUUCCUUAUAGGUCAAUACAACCCUAAAUUCUUCAAUGGUGCUGUGACAAGCUUAUUUUCCAAAUGUAGGCUAUUACUGAAUUAGUUAUUUUAUGCCGUGUGAGGUGUCUGCACCUUGGUGUGAAACAUUAAUAUUUAAUGCAAUUAUUAUUAUGCCAUGGCACUCUGCCAUUAAAAGGCCUUGGCAUUACCCAUAGUGGGAUUGGUUUUUCUUUAUUUUUUUGUGUUUUCUAUAUGGUGUAAUUUUAUUUACUGAACAAAAAAUUUGAAUUGUUGUAUUUUUGAGCUUUUAAUCUUGGAAUUGAUAGAUGAAUAGACUUUAUGAUAUAUAAUGUAAAUCUAAGGGAUGAAUCCUCUUACAUUUGCAGUUCAGGUACUGUCUACACAAUGUGCUUUGCAUCUCAACAUUCACUUCAUGAUCGUGUUUUUUGUUUUUAUCUCCCAUUACCCUCACUCAUAUUGUUGGACUAUUGUGAGGACCACCAAGUGUUGUCAUGUUGAACUAUGUAUGUUACAUCUAAAUGCAUGUCAGAGGAAGACUGCGACUCUUUAUUAUACUUUCACCAAUGAAAGCCACCUCGGCCUUGCUCUUGCCUGGAAACCCGAUGUUGAAUUGCAUUGAAUUCUACGCCGGGCAGAAAUGACUGUUUUAAUCAGGAACGUUUCUUCCCACGACCUCUACCAGCCAGAAUGUUGAAUAAAUUUAUAUUUUAAUGUACUUUACUGGUUGUCCAUGCGGUUGGUCCUUUUGGCGGUAGGAAUGUGAGACUA